AUGGCUGGUUUCGUGCUUUUCUUUAACUUUCUUGUAGCCGUUUGUCUCCUCUUUGAACGUCCGGGAAAUGCUGCCACAUGCACCGAUUGUUUCAUCCAGUCAAGGGCUACUCAUUACCCGAAUUCUGAUGAUAAAGGGACAGAAACCGGAAGUUGCGGCUAUGGCACAUUUGGUGCAACAAUCAAUGGUGGGCAUGUAUCAGCUGCAUCGCAACUCUACCGAAAUGGAGUAGGAUGUGGUGCCUGUUACCAGGUCAGGUGCAACAAUAGUUACUACUGUUCAGACAAAGGUGUGACAGCUGUCAUAACCGAUCAGGGUGCAAGUGACCGGACAGACUUCAUUCUGAGCAGACGAGCCUUUGGUCGUAUGGCUCAGAAUGACGAUGCAGCCUCAUCACUAUUGGCACUUGGUGUAAUCGAUAUUGAAUACAGACGGGUCUCAUGCAGCUAUCCAAACAAAAAUAUUGCAAUUAAGAUUGAUGAAAGCAGCAGCAACCCUCAUUAUCUAGCUUUUGUGAUUUGGUAUCAAGGAGGCAAGCAGGAUAUAACUGCCGUGCAACUAUGCGAAACACAGAAUUAUGUAUGCAAACUAUUGGCUCGGAGUUAUGGAGCCGUAUGGACAACUGCGGCACCACCAAGUGGGCCCUUAUCAGUAAGAAUGCUACUCAGUGACGAAAAUGGAGAUGGGAAAUGGCUAGUUCCAGUCAAUGAUAUACCUGAAAACUGGAAACCUGGAGACGUAUAUGAUUCAGGAGUACAAGUAAUGGCCUGA